GCACAAAACUCGUUCGUGGCCACCUUGAUCAUCUCUCUCUCUCUCUCCUCCCGUCCAUGUCGAAACCAUCUCCUCCGAAGUCCAAACCCAAGCACAACCAAAAGCCCAGACCAAAUUCCGGAUUCGAAGCUCAAACCCACACGAAUCCAAACUAUAAAAUCCGGGCAAAGAAAAUGCCCGUACCACGACGCCAAAACGCCAAGCCCAAGCUCCUCGUAACGCCCACCGGCCUCCUCCGUCUCCAACUUUCCAUGGACGCGCACCGUCACCACCACCACCAAAAUCCAACGGCGAGUCGGGACGGCAACUCCACCUGCACCCACGACGAAGACGACGACGACGACGACUUCCAUCCAUGUAACCACCAUCCCAUCCAUCCAUCCAUCCUUCCUUCCGCACGAAACUAACCCGAUCCCACGAGAGAGAAAAAUCAGGGCCAGGAUCGUUUUUACAACCGGGUCGCGCCCCGCUCCUCGUUUCUCGUAGGACUUCUUCUUCCCGAGCCCUCCCAUUAGAACACACAAAGAACAGGCACCAAAAAGAAAAAAAAAUCCCCCAAUCCCGAUUUCUCCUUCUCUCCGUGUGCAUCUCCGUCAAAGAUUUCUUCUUUGCUCCCCUUCCUCCUCCCGCCGUCUCCGCGACGGCUCGUGGGGAGAGGCGGGGGACGAAUUCCCCUCCUCUCCAAUUCGCCGCGGCGAGGGCAGGGCUAGGGUUUGCGGGGGAGCCCUCGCCGAAUUCGCCGUGAUCUCGCCGCCGGGCCGGUGAAUUCGGGCGGGGGGCAAAGGGUUCGCGUGUGAUGAUCUUCAAGCGGACCCAGCGCUCGGAGAUCCUCAGCCUCAAGCGCUGCAAUGCCGAGGGCGAGGGCGGCGCCGGCGAGCGCCGUCCAAAGAGGCAGAGGGGUGACGACUUCUUCCCCGUCGAGCUGCUCGGCCACGUGCCGGCCUCCGGUAUCCCGUAUGCCGCCGCCGGGUUCCGCUGGUGCGAGGAGCCCGAGGUUGCAUCACCCGCCGGCGCUGCGCCGGCGCCCGCCGCUGCCGCCGCCACGCGCCCGCCUGUCGUCCGGACGUCGCGCGGGCGUGCCCAGGUGCUGCCCUCGCGGUUCAAUGACUCGGUGCUCAUCGACCCCUGGAAGAAGGAGAAGCCGGCCAAGCCGCCUGCACCGCCCAAGGUCGAGCAGCUCGUUCCCAAAAGCAAGCCGCUCUGCCGUAAAGGUGCAAUCCUGGAUAGGACUUCCGCAUUGUCAGAGGUGGAUGAGGAUGAGGAGGCACAGCGUUACCGAGUGUGCCAGAAUUUUGUUGCCUCCAGGAAGUACUCCAUGUCUCUGAGCGCGCUCACCUCCUUGCACAAUGAACCGUACAGCGGUUACCAUAGAAACGAGUCGAUGGAAGACGAAGAGGAAGAGGCAGAAGAGGACCUGCAGGCGCAGAAGGAGGACCUUCAUUGGAGCACAGAGUUUUUGUAUGGCGACAUUGUGUGGGCACGGCUGGGUAAGCGGCAACCAGCGUGGCCAGGAGUUGUGGUCGACCCAGCUCGGCAGGCAGCUGCCGAUGCAAUGCCGCCCCAGCCGCGUGGAGGUGCUGUGCUUUGUGUGAUGCUGUUUGGCUGGCGUGCAGAGUUCAGUGACGAGAAGAAGUAUGUCUGGGUGAGGCAAGGAGGGAUUUUUCCUUUUGUGGACUACAUUGACCAAUUUCAAGGGCAAACAGAUUUGAGCAGUCUCAAACCUGGUGACUUCCAGAGGGCACUAGAAGAGGCCUUUUUGGCCGACCAGGGGUUCUCUGAAGUGCCAAUGGAUGACAGCACAGCAGGGCAGCCUGUUGUCUGUCAAUCUUGUCCAGACGAAUUAGAAGAAGUGACUGGUUCAAACGAGCUGGAGUGCCAGGCACAGAUUAAGCAUUAUACAAGUGAAUUGCAGUGUGAAAGUUGUGGAAAUUGCUUUCCAAACAAAGAGUCAAACAAGUUGGUUUAUGUGAUGGAGCAACUUGCUUGCAAACACUGUGCUAGGAUCUUGAGAUCAAAAGAGUACUGUGGGAUAUGCUUGAAAAGUUGGCAACAUAAAUGUGACCGAAGAUGGGUUUGCUGUCAUGGUUGUGAAAGUUGGAUUCAUGCAGAAUGUGACAAAAAGUGCAGCAACCUAAAGGAUCUACGAGACAAAAGUUACUUCUGCCUUUACUGUAGGGUUAAACGUAACUCAAAUCUGUCCAGCAAGAAGACAAACUCUCCUGAUGAUAGUAAAGAUAAUUCUGCACAGAAAGGAAGGAAGCCUGACAGAGUAGGGGUCAUCUGUUUUGACAUGGAAGGAACUUACCUACCAAAUCUCGAACUGAUUUCUUGCCAUUGUGCCCCUUGUAAGGGACAAAAGUUUCUGUUCAAUGAAUGGGAAAGGCACGCUGGCUGCAGAAGUAAAAAUUGGAAAUCUAGUAUUAAAAUGAAGGGAACACUUAUGCCAUUUGGAAAAUGGAUAGAUCAACAUCAACCAAGCGUGUGUUCCACAUAUCCUUCAAAGCGCUCCUCUCAGAAACUGAAAAAACAGCAGUUACUUGAUUUGUUAAAUGAACCUUAUGAUCAUGUACAAGUGAAAUGGACAACCGAAAGGUGUGCAGUCUGUAGAUGGGUUGAAGAUUGGGAUUACAAUAAGAUUGUGAUUUGUAACAGAUGCCAGAUAGCUGUUCAUCAGGAAUGCUAUGGUGUGAGCGGUAAGCAAGAUUUCACCUCGUGGAUUUGUAGGGCUUGUGAAACGCCUGAACAAAAGAGGGAUUGCUGCCUUUGCCCUGUGAAAGGUGGAGCGCUGAAGCCAACAAAUGUUGAUAACUUGUGGGUACAUGUCGCAUGUGCAUGGUUUCAGCCACAGGUGGCUUUUGCUAGUGAUGAGCUCAUGGAACCUGCUAUUGGGAUAUUGAGCAUGGCACCUCUGCUAUUUAUGAAGAUGUGCGUCAUAUGUAGGCAAAUACAUGGUGCUUGCACACAAUGCUACAGGUGCUCGACUUAUUACCAUGCCACCUGUGCAUCAAGGGCAGGCUAUCGAAUGGAGCUGCACUGCUUGGAAAAAAACGGCAAACAGACAACAAAGAUGAUUUCAUAUUGUGCUCAUCAUCGGAGACCUAAUCCUGAUAAUGUUUUGAUAAUUCAAACUCCUGCUGGAACUUUCUCUUCAAAAAGGCUUGUUCAGAGUAGUGGCACCAUAGCUGCUUCAAGACUGAUUAGGAAAGAUCUUCCCAAGGAUUCAGCAUCAGAAGUUGAAACUAUAGAGAAUUUAUGUUCUGCAAGAUGUCGAGUUUAUGUUAGGAAAGAACUGAAGAGAUCCCGGGAGGCAGCAAUGGCACACCGAGUAAGAGGAUAUUGUCAACACCGCUGGGAUGAAAUUGACAGUCUGAAUCCACGAAGGGAAGAGAGGGAUCCGGAAUCCUUUUCUACUUUUAAGGAGCGUCUACAUUAUCUUCAGAAAACGGAACAUAGCAGAGUAUGCUUUGGUAGGUCAGGAAUUCAUAGGUGGGGACUUUUUGCUCGUAGGGACAUUCAAGAAGGAGAAAUGGUUCUAGAGUACCGCGGUGAACAGGUCAGACGAAGUGUUGCGGACUUACGGGAAGCACAGUAUCGUGUACAGGGAAAAGAUUGUUAUCUUUUCAAAAUCAGCGAGGAAGUGGUUGUUGAUGCCACAGACAAAGGAAACGUGGCACGCCUGAUUAAUCAUUCUUGCACGCCAAACUUUUAUGCGAGGAUUAUGAGCGUGGGGCAUGAUCAGAGCCGCAUUGUUCUAAUUGCCAAGAGAAAUGUUUGUGCCGGUGAAGAGCUAACGUAUGAUUACCUGUUUGACCCUGAUGAGGCUGAUGAUUGCAAAGUUCCUUGCCUGUGCCAGACUGCUGACUGUCGGAAAUUCAUGAAUUAGGUUAGAGUAGAUGUCAAUGGGCAUUGUCAUAGUUUUUUUUUUUGCUUUAGCAUUUUCUUGGUUCAUUGGUGAUAAGUGGUAUAUAUUACCUUGUUCCCUCCUACGCCCCAAUUUUUUUCACUCUAGUCUCUAGGAAUAAGUUUAGUCAGCUCGAAAGCAUGAGCUUCUAUUCCUGUAAAUGCUUCUAGUGUAUCCACUAUAAUCAAUUUUCUCUAGUGCCAAUUUUGAUUAUAUUUUCAUUCAGAUA